CUCUCAAGAUAAUUUUCUGUAUAUAAACUGAAUCUCACAGCAUCUGUUAUCAUAAUACUCACUGCCUUCAAGCAUCACAUACUUUUCUCAAUUAAAGAAAAAAAUUAAAAAAUACUCACUAAAUAUGAAUUUCUCAAAAUUAUUUAUUUUCGUUGCAUUUGUGUUGGCUGUUUUUGCUGGACAAACUGAAGCUGGAUGGUUGAAGAAAAUAGGAAAACGAUUGGAACGCACUGUUCAAAAUGUUCGCCGUGCUACAAUACAGACUAUCGGAGUCGCUCAACAAGCUGCCAAUGUUGCUGCAACUCUCAAGGGAUAAAAACUUGUUUCCAUCAGAUUUUGAUCAAAAAAUGUUUAAAAGUCUGAAACUUAUUUUUAAGUUUUAUUUAUU